AUGACAUUAAUUGCGUCCACCAGCAGGUUUUUCCGUCUGUAUAUUUUGAGUCCAGAGGCUGUGAUAGUAUUUUUUAUUGUGCUACUAUUGUACAAUUCUCUUUCGCAUGUAAAACCAUUGUUUACUGUUCUUCAAAAAGCUAAAGUUAAAUUACAGUUGAAAUGGCGUGGACAGAUCGAUAAACAAGUAGACAAGCAAAAUGAAGUUGAAAAGGAAAGAGCAUCUUGGCAGCUAAGAAAGGAAAAUGUUGCUAUUUAUGCCAUCCAGGGUAGAAGACCACAUAUGGAAGAUAGAUUCAAUGUUGUAAAUGAUUUCGAACACACUAAUACAUCAAUAUAUGGAAUAUUUGAUGGACAUGGUGGAGAGUUUGCAGCCGAGUUUACAGAGAAAACCUUAUUUAAAUGUUUAAUGGUGAGAUUAUUAAAACUAACACUGGGAGAAGACAGUUCUAAUAAUGUCUCCAGUAUAAUUACAGAAGAAAUGUUAGAAGUAGAUAAAGAAUUGUUACAGUUGGCUAAAGCUAAUUUAGAAAUAUCCGGAACGACAGCUCUAGUUGCCUUAAUAAAAGAUGGGAUAUUGACGGUGGCUAAUGUUGGAGAUUCAAGGGGAGUAAUCUGUGAUAAAAAUGGUCAAAUGAUUCCAUUGUCUUUUGACCACAAACCUCAACAGUUAAAAGAAAGAAAAAGAAUCCGUCAAGCAGGUGGUUUUAUAAGUUUUAAUGGUGUAUGGAGAGUAGCUGGUGUUCUAGCUACAUCAAGAGCUUUAGGAGAUUAUCCUUUAAAGGACAAAAAUCUAGUAAUAGCAGAACCAGAUAUAUUAACCUUUGACCUUAGUGACCUUGAACCUCAAUUUAUGAUAUUAGCCACUGAUGGAUUAUGGGACUGUUUUAGUAGUGAAGAAGCUGUAGAAUAUAUAAAAGAAAGGUUGACAGAGCCACAUUUUGGAGCUAAAAGUCUAGUAUUGCAGGCCUAUUAUCGGGGUUCAGUUGAUAAUAUAACAGUCAUGGUGGUCAAUUUUAAACUCAAACAACUCUCUUCAUUUGGCAUGAGCGAUUGGUGA